AUGGAUAAAAAUAAUAAAGUGUUUGGUAUUUUCAAUUUUAAAAGUAAUAAAAAUGAAUCCUUGUGUGAAAAUAAUGAACCUCAGGAAGGACUUGAAAAUACUUCUGUUGCUGAAGUUGAUCCUGAUGAUCCACCUGUUUUACCGGAUGUACAAAAGUUGCCUUCUGAGAGUAUUGAUAUUGGGGAUAUAAAUACAGGCCCGAUUCGCCCAAAGUUACAGACAUAUCCAAAAACUGUUUUUGGCAAACAAAACAGAGGAUUUUCAUCUACAUUGUUUGAUGGUUUUCCUUGGCUUGAAUACAGUAUUCAAAAGGAUGCUGUCUUUUGCUAUCCAUGUAGAGUUUUUGGAACUGGGAGGUCAGAAGAUACUUUUGUUACCAAAGGGUUUAGAAAUUGGAAAAAGAUAAGUGGAUCCAUUUCUAAGACUUCCAAAUUUAAUUCAAAGUCAAAAUUAGAAAUUCAUGCUACAACUAAACAACAUUUGAUUAAUUCAGAAAAAUGGGCCUCAUAUACUCAGAACAUAAAAUCAGGUUCUGUACACACUCAGAUGGCAAGUGCAUAUCGUGAAAAAGUGUUAAAAAAUAGAGCUUACAUAAAAAAUCUGAUUGAUGUAGUUUUGUAUUUGGAACGUCAAGGACUAGCAUUCCGUGCGCAUAACGAAGAAAAAACAUCAAUUAACCAAGGUAAUUUUAAGGAAGCUUGUGUUUUACUGUCUAAAUGUAAUGAAGAUUUUUCUACCAUAUUCAACGAAAAAACCAAUUAUACCAGUUGGUCAAUCCAAAAUGACCUUAUAAACAUCUCUGCCCAAAUGAUAAAAAACACAAUUGUCAAUGAGCUGAUAGAAAGUGGAUUUUUUAGUGUCAUGUGUGAUGAAGCAAGAUGUUUCAGACAAGAGCAGAUGUCAAUUUGUGUACGUUAUACCAAGAAUUUAAAAGUGUAUGAACGAUUUUUAGAUAUGUGCAAAUUGGUAAAGGAUACUAGAAUAGUAUUUAAUUGUCUUGAGACAUUGUAUGUUUAUUUUUCACACCCGGGUAAUGAUGCAAAAUUCACCGAGAUUCAAGUAAAAUUAGGUAUCAAAAAAACUUCUCUGACUCGUUUAAGUGAUACACGUUGGAAUUGUCGUGUAAGAAACUGUGUUGCUGUAAAAUUAAACUAUAAAGCUAUAGUUACAUUGUUAAAUGAUGAAAUCAACUCUUCCACAAAUAAAGAUGUUGUACAAGCAAUAGGCAUUAUGACUAUUAUUACUAAACCAUCAUUUAUUGUUAAUCUCAUUAUUUUGGAAGAAGUAUUACAAAUUAUAAAUAUAUUGUCUACUCAGCUACAAAAAAAAGAUGCUACAUUAGGAAGCGCUGUUACUUUAAUUGAAGGAGUCAUUAAAACCUUUGAGUCCUUACGCACAGAAGUUGAAUUUCAUAAUAUAUGGGAAAAGAUAAUCAAUUUUACCAAAAUCAAUAAUAUAAUACCAGAUUUCACAGGUCCCAAUAGUAAAACAAGUAAACGUCAACGCCAAUCAACAAGUAAUUUAGAAGAUUUUCAUGUUUUUGCAACUACAAGUUCUGAACAACAAAAUCAAAAUGAGUUUAAUCAAUAUACAGAAAGUUAUUGGAGGACUCAUUAUUAUCAAAUUAUAGACACUUUAAUAAUACAUUUUAAUAAGAGAUUUUCAUCAAAUAGCUUGGAAUUGGCAACAUCUAUUGAUUACUUUCAUAAAAUGAAUUAUUAUGAGAGUCAAUGUUUUAUUGAACAGUACAAAGACUUAUUGAAUGUGGAUGUAAAUACCCUUCAAUCAGAAAUGCUUGUGGUAAAAAACUGUGUGUCUCGUAGAAACCCCAAUUUCACUUUGGAAGAUAUCAAAUUAAUCAUGGAUGCAGAGCUUUAUCCUAAUUUAUAUAAACUGUUAUCAUUAUCUUUAACAAUUCCAAUUAGCUCUGCAAUAUGUGAAAGAUCAUUCUCAGCAAUGAGAAAGAUUAAAAAUUGGCUUCGAACAUCUAUGAAUCAAGAUAGAUUUACAAAUUUGUCAUUAAUUUAUAUAGAACGAGAUUUAUCAAAUGAAUUGUCCAACGAAAAAAUAUUAGAUACAUUUGCAAUUUCUAACCGAAGGUUACAAUUAUAA